GAACAUUGCAUUCGGAAUUAUGAGAGCAGUAUUAUCUCAAUUAUUGCCGUGAUCUUCAACUUCACCUUUCUUGCCAGUCCCCGACAACGACAACGACAAUAACAAUAAUCACCACCACAACCAUGUCAUUCCCGUCCCCGUUGACGACGCUUGUCCGCAACCCACGCCUGCGACUCCUCGAAGCUCUGCGAGCAGGCUCGAAGCCUGUAAUGACAUUUCUCGGCCUGCCGUCGUUUCGCACCGCACAGCUCGUCGCGGCGACUGGUCUCGAUGGCAUCAUCGUCGACUGCGAGCACGGCCACAUCAGCGACGACGCGAUGCACGCCUCGGUCAGCGCCAUCGCCGCCCAGGGCGUCUCGCCGCUCGUCCGCCUGCGCAUGGCACAUCCAGACCUGAUCAAGCGGGCGCUCGACGCCGGGGCCCACGGCAUCGUGGUGCCCAUGGUCCACACAGCCGACGACGCCCGGGCCGUCGUGGAGCAUGCCAAGUUUCCACCUCACGGCAUUCGGGGCCAGGGAUCCGCGUUCCCCGGCUUCGCUUACGGAACUGACAUUGCGACGUAUAUCAAGACGGCCAACCAGACACUGUUGACCUGCGUCCAGAUUGAGUCGCGGCUGGGCGUCGAGAAUGUCGACUCGAUCUGUGCUGUGCCUGGCAUCGAUAUGGUCUUCAUCGGACCCAAUGACCUCAGCCUGGCUAUCCUAGGGUACGUCCCGGCCCAGGGGAGCGAACCAGAGUUUGUUGCUGCCAUUGACCAGGUUGUUGCUGCAGCAAGGAAACAUGGGAAAUGGAUCGGGCGCCUUUCCAACAAUGCGAUUGCAGCGAAACAACAUCUGGAAGUGUUUGACACGGUAGCUUUAGGUUAUGAUGUCCGCGCUCUGCAGAGCUGGUAUACCGCCGAGUUGCAGGCAAUCCGUUCUUGA